AUGAGAUUACUUCUGCCACUUUUAAUUUGCAUCACAGCAAUCUUCCUUGCCUAUAACCCCUCUAUUAAAGACUCUCUCGAAGACUCUUUCCUCACAUUCAUUCAAAAAGCUCCUAGCCUAUCACAGUACCUUCAGGCAAAAGAUCUUGUCGAUCAGACAAGCCACCCCAACCUGGAAACUCCGACUGCCAUAGUCUUCCCUAUCACAGACAUGUCCGUUCCUCGAGCAAUCCGACAGGCAUUCCUUGCUAUUGAGCAAGCAGAAGGUGCAGGUGCCCGUGUGCGCCGCUCCAUUGGAACAGCCAAGCUCCGCAACUUCAGUCCUUUCCUCAUGCUCGAUCACUUCACUAUCGGCAAGGGCGCCGGCUUCCCAGACCACCCCCACCGCGGUCAGGAGACCAUCACUUAUUUGCUGUCCGGCGGGGUUGACCACGAGGACUUCGCCGGUAACAAGGGCACUAUUGGACCCGGCGAUCUGCAAUUCAUGACUGCAGGCCGCGGCAUCAUGCACGCUGAAAUGCCCCACGAGAACGAGGACGGCAGCCCCAACGUCGGUAUGCAGUUGUGGGUCGAUCUACCCCAGAAACUGAAGUUCUGUGAGCCUCGUUACCGUGAUCUACGCGCUGAGGAGAUUCCCCUCGCCACGGUCGAUGACGGCCGCGUCAAGAUUAAGGUUAUCUCGGGCCAGUCGCACGGUGUUGACUCCGUGCGCGACUUGGCCUACACCCCUGUCUGGAUCCUGGAUAUCACGAUCAAGCCUGGUGGUCGUAUCUCACAGCCCCUGCCACAGGGAUGGAACUCAUUUGCCUAUACUUUGGCUGGUGAGUCUGUCUUUGGUUCGAAUGAUUCCACUCGCAUCGUGAAGGAAUUCACAAACGUCGAAUUCGAGCAGGCGGGUGACUUUGUUGAAAUCUCCGUCCCGGAUAAUGCCGAAAAGGAUUCCCGCAUCUUCCUUGUGGCUGGCCAACCGCUGAACCAGAAGGUUGUUCAGUAUGGACCUUUUGUGCUGAACACCCAAGAGGAGGUCUACCAGGCGAUGCUCGACUACCAGACUGCCUCCAAUGGAUUUGAAAGGACCCGAAACUGGCAGAGUGAGAUUGGCAAGCGGAUGGCAUAA